AUGGAGUUCAAGUGUUUUCAGAUUAUUUUAGUUCUAUUGAUAUUUAAUUAUCGCGAUGGGUCAGAUUUUGCUAUCACUGAUCAACAGCAUACUAUAUCGCAAACCCCUAAUGGCGGAAAAGUGAAAAGAUGUAAAUCUCGUGUAUUGUAUUAUGCUAACCAUUGUGCCACGCAACAACUUGUAAUGAGUGGCGAUGUUGAAAGCAAUCCUGGUCCCGCACUCCAACACGGAUUGAAAGUUCCAUCUUGUUCAAUCUGUGAGAAAUAUGUUAAAUGCAAUCAAAGACGAUUCAUUUGUGAUACAUGCUGGGAAACCACUCACGCUGCUUGUUUGAACCAAUCAAAUUUAGUACUCAAUGGUAGAAUUCCGAAAUAUUGGACCUGUUCAGAUUGCCAUUUUACUGUGCUUCCCUUUUCGAAUGUACGUGAUGUUUGCGCAUUGUACUCAUCUAUUCUGAGUGAUGGUGGUGAAUACGAGGAAUUAAUAACCAUACCAAGCAAUCCAAAACAUACGAAAAUUUGCCAUCUAAAUACGCAAUCCUUACCGAGCACAUUUGACGAGUUCUCAUACAUGCUCGAAUGUCAUAAAUUUGACAUAAUCACGUUGUCCGAGACAUGGUUAAAAAAUAAUCAGGUAUUGAUUGAUUAUGUAAACAUUCCAGGAUACCAAUUUGAAUAUAAAAACAGAACUGAUAAACGAGGAGGUGGUGUUGGAAUGUACAUCAAGGACGAACUUAUUUACAAAACUAGAGACGACAUAACCAAACUCGACAAUUCUAUCGAACAUGUCUGGAUCGAAGUGAAAGGUAGAAAUAAAAAUUACUCAUAUCUAGUUGGAACAUUUUAUCAGCCAUCUUCUAUAGAAAGAGAAAAAAAAGAUUGGCUAGAACGAUUUGAUAUUCUUUUGCGUCACAUCACCGCAAAAUGGGACGGUAUUAUCAUAAUUACAGGUGACUUCAAUAUCGACUUAUUACAAGGUGAUAAAUCCACAAUCGAAUUAUAUCAAGAUACACUUAUGACUUAUGACCUAAAACAACAUAUUACAAAACCAACCCGAAAAUCGACAUCCCUUAUUGAUCAUGUUAUUAGUAAUAUACCGGAAAAGGUAGUUAGUGAGAACGUUUUAUUGUGCGAUGAAAUUUCUGACCAUGAUGCCCCGCAUAUCGUUAUGAAUAUCAAAAAGGAUAAAUUCGAAAAACGAUACAAAUUUAUACGUGACGAGAAGCAGUUGAACAUCGAUGAAUAUAUUAGUGAUAUCGAGAAGAUUCCUUUUUCCUUGAUAGAUACUUUUGAUGAUCCGGAAGAUCAACUGUAUGUUAUGAAUGAACUCAUACUGUCCUGCAUUAAUAGCCAUGCUCCUUUGAAAAGGUGUAAAUUUACACGACCACCAGCUCCCUGGAUGAAGGACCCAUCCAUUGUAUCGUCGAAACUGAAACUUGAUGAACUUCGUAGUGAAUUAAAAUCUUGUGAUGACAGAGAGGCUAAACAUGAGUAUGUUGAAACGAGAAAUAAAUUGAAGAAGGCUAUCAAACACUCUAGAAGAACCUUCUAUCAAAAGGCUUUAUCAAGUAACCGUUCAAAGGAAGUAUGGAAAACCAUAAGAACUAUUAUUAAACCACAGUUCAAACAAAUCAGGCAGAAUCCCGAUACCAUCAAUGAUUAUUUCAAUUCCAUUGCAAUAAAGUUAAGCAAUACAAAUGAGUUAAACAUUUCUCCCACCAUGAAUGAUGAGGCUGUACCGGCAAUGGAUUUAUUUGACCUUCGUCACGCUACCCAAGAGGAUGUUCUCAAACAUUUGAAUUCAUUGAGAAGUGAUUGCUCUACUGGUGGUGAUAACAUACCAGCGAAAUUCAUAAAACCAGUCGCAGCCCAAUUGUCGCCAGUCCUAACAAAGAUUUUGAAUAACUGCAUCGAUGCAAACGUAUUUCCAACAUGCUGGAAGAAAUCACGUAUCUGUCCGGUACCUAAAGUUCCAGGUGCUUCACAACUAGAAGAUUUUCGUCCAAUAUCAAUACUUCCUGUACUGUCGAAAGUAUAUGAGAAAGUCAUUUUAUCACAGCUUUGUGACUUCAUUGAUAGAUAUAACAUUUACGCUUCAACUCAAUCUGGUUUUCGCAAAGGUCACUCGUGCAUCACGAUACUCUUAAAAUUAAAGGACGACAUUUUGAAGGCUAUGCAAAGAGGUGAAGUAACUUUAUCAGUGUCAGCAGAUUACUCCAAAGCAUUUGAUACUGUGAAAUAUGACGUUCUGAUUAAUAAGUUGAAGAAACUCCAAAUGUCUCCUGCAUUCAUCAAUUUGAUCUCUAACUAUUUGUCAAAUCGCCAGCAGUUUGUGCAAAUUGAUGACAAAAAAUCGGACACCUUGCUGAUCAAAUACGGUGUUCCCCAGGCAUCUAUUCUUGGUCUGAUCUUGUUCAACAUCUAUGUCUCUGACCUAUCGUUGAAUUCGUCGUGUAAUUCUAUCCAGUACGCAGAUGACACAAAUCUUUACAUACACUUCAAACUAAAAGAAAUGGAUAUCGCAACAGCAAAGCUUCAAAGUGACAUUAACCAAAUAACAACAUGGUCAAAGAUAAACAAUCUGAUGUUUAAUUCCAUAAAGACAAAAUCAAUUAUGUACUCGACAAGCCAGUUAAGCUGUAUAAACAAUUUAAACUUCAGUAACUUAUUCAAAUUCCAUAGUAAUGGUGCUGAGAUUGAGCGGGUAUCCUCUCUCAAAAUACUGGGCAUAACAUUCGAUGAACAUAUGACGUGGUCUACACAUGUGAAUAACAUCAUUAGAUCAUCAUACGCUACGAUUUCGACAUUAAAGCGAUUGAAACGUUUGGCACCUUUUCACGUGAGAAAGAAUCUCGCUGAAGCACUGAUAUUAUCAAAGAUAGACUACGGAAAUCUUGUCUAUAAUAAUAUUCCACAAUAUCAAAUGAAAAGGUUACAAAGAGUUCUAAAUGUCGCUGCCAGCUUUGUUCUUCAGAGAUAUGCUUCCACUAACGAUGUGUUAGUAAUACUGAAAUGGCUGCCAGUGCAAGAGCGUGUAAAUUUAUCGAUACUAAAACUGGCACACAAGGUGUUGUAUGACGAAUGCUCACCUGAAUACCUUACACUGAAAUGGUACAAAAAUGGUCGAAGCCUGCGAUCUGAUGCAGAAAACAAAAAUAAACUACAAAGCGACACAUUCCGAAAAACGUUUAUGGAUUGCUCAUCAGCGUUGUUUAAUGAUCUUCCUGGCAAUAUUCGUUCCGUUGUCAACCAUAAAGAAUUUAUCAAAAAAGUCAAAUUAUUUUUACACGAUAGUGCUUUGUGCAAACUUUUAUCCAAAUAA